AGAUGUUUGACCCGGAACUGAGAUUGGUGUUUGAACUCGCUACGGAUGCUGAACUAGUUGAGCUGGAACAUAUUCUAUUUGGUCCGAGAUUCUGCCGGCGUAGAAUGUCUCUACGAGUCUCGAUGGAACCAGCGAUGCUCUGUGCAGUUAACAUAAAAAAUAUCACAGCACUAAAAUAGAAAUAAAUGCAUAAAUGCUAAAAGAAAAUUGUUUGCAAAAUCCCUCGAAGAGGACAGAAUAUCACAGAACUGACAAAAACCCUGAAAAAAAUAUCCAUAUUGUUCACCUUGCUACAAUUUUUCAGUUAAAGAUCCUCUACAAAAAACCCUAGUCUUUUCUGCGUCUUCUACCUCCAAUAGCAACCCCAAUAUGCAAUUUUGUACUGCUCGCAAAAAGCAUGAAUGGUUAUAUGUGGAGCACACAUGAUUGAGCAUCCCCUCCCUGUCCGGCUAAGGAAGACAGGGUUGUCAUCCCAUCAGUAUCUCCUUGCCAUCCUGAUGAGAUCCCAUAUCUCUUUGAGCGGCUUCAUCAACAUAUCAACACUGCUCUCAUCAACUUUUGUUCUCUAAUCACUUGUCUGGUCUAGUAGUACCUCAUAUCAAUAUGCAUUGUCCUCAAAUGAUAUAUGGAAUUUCUACUGAAAUCAAUAGCACUCUGACUAUCCUAGGUGGACAAACCAAAUAGUAGGUGGUCAAAUUCCAUGAGGGAGAGGAAACAAGACUUAAGUGAUCCAGCAAUUGAUCUGACUUGCUCUCUUCACCCUUACUAGACUGUGACCGAAGUAGGAAAAUGAGUAUUUGUUGCAUUUGAUCCUCAAAUAGUUGAAGACAGAGAAUAUGACAAGGAAGAUGCUGAAAUAAAUAACCACUUCAGGCUCAACCUUGGAAAAAGUAUAGUCUCAUCAACGUGUACCAUUCACAAGCUACCCAUUAAUCCAGCCCACUAGCUGACUAGUCCCAUAAAUGCACAUAAAGCACACAUAAACAAUCAACAACCCACAAAAUCAAGAAUGAAGCCUAAGGGCCAACAGAUGUUAGUUUACCCAGCAACUAUUUGAGGGCGAUUGGCUGAAAAAUCCCUUGGUUUGGUGCUCCGUCAAGCUUUGGAAUCAAAGAAAUGAGGAACUUCUUUAGUCCCCUAUUAAAAUCUAUAACAAGAAAACAAGAAUUUAGUUUUACAAUGGAUGAUGAAUAUAUCGAAGAACGUGAAGAUUUUAUAGAGCACCUAGAGUCACGGUUCUUGUACCUUGCAGCAGAUGCACGCUCAACUUUAAGAGGUUGGAGACCUUCCUACAAGAAUAUCUUGCUUAAUGUGAAAAGAAAACUUGGAGUUCGUUGCUCAAGUAAAUUGUCAACAGAAGACCUUGAAGUAGAAAUUUUUCUCCAUUUACUAAGUGAAUACUCAAGUGAAGAGAUCGAUCCUGUUUCAUUUCCAUCACUUGACAGAAAACUCCCAAGUAAUCAUGGAAGUCUUGAAGUUGGAAUAAGUAAAUGGAAGGUUCUUGCUCUUGGAGCAUUAAAAGGUGGAGCAAAAGAGCUUCAAAAUGUUUUUGUGAAGGGAUGUGGAAUGCUAACUAUGGCAAGGAUAUUUCAGUUGUUGGCUAGGAAAUUUUCUGGUAAGCUGCUAUUGGAAGUUGCUAACUACGAGAUAAAGCAUGAAAUAGUUAAGAAGGGCGGACAAUUGGCAGCUAUCAAGCUGGAGGCAAAAACAGCUGAGCUAAUUGCAAGACAGGGUUUGGCUCGAGCUGCAACUAGAUAUGCUGGAAUUAGAAGUGCAAUGAUGCUCCUAGGACCAAUAUUCCUUCUGCAGCAUGUGGGGGACAUUUCUGGCAGACGUUGCCAUCCAAAUGCUGGGUACCGAUUAUGCUCGAAUUCUUCGAGCAAUCUAUGCAUUUGCACAGAUCCGGCUCACUCGAACAAAUGGCUAGAGCUCGAACGAGUAAUUGCAAACUUAAUUUCUGGUAAUUGUUCAUGGAUUUGUGGGACAACAAAGUCAGCAAUGGAUGGAAUCAUAUUGUAUUAGGGAAUUUGGAGCAGCAUUCACGAUUGGACAAUUCAUAUCUAUUACAAUUGUUAUUAGCUGCAGUCUCAGGAAUCUAUAUGCCACUCUUGUACAUUAUCUAUUUUGUCAAUUUCAUUUUUUUUGAUAAUUUAGGUGGUCUAGGCGUGUUGUAACUGAGAUUUGAAUCAUGCGUACUUGGAGUUGGGAGUCUACUGAAUGCUUUUGCCGUUGUAUUUUGUCAA